UUUAUUAUACUCUUCUGUGGCUACAUUACAAGACAAAUUUUGACAAUUUUUCUCUCGACUUUGUUUUCAUUUUCAAUUUUUGGCCAAUAAGUUUUUGGGUAUAAGUAGUAAAAAUAUAAAAUACUACAAUGGUUCUCAUAGAAAACGACGUAGAAAUGAAGAACGCCGAUAGUCCUCCGGGCCCCGAAGCAGGUGAUAGUAAAAGAGACACGGAUUUGCAAAGUUUGCAGGAAAUAAGGGAACAUGCUAGGCAAAUUGAAAAAGCAGUUAGCAACAAGGAAAAUCGCUUUAUCAUGAGAAUCUUAAGAUGUUUACCAAACACAAGAAGAAAAUUAAACGGUGUUGUAUUGAGAAGUUUAAUAACUCAAAUUUACCCUCCGUCAGAAAGAGAAGCGUUACUAGCCUUUGUUGAAGAAGCAACGGGUGAAAUUGAUAGUUCACAAACCAGAACUAGAUCAGCUACAAAGAGUCCAGUUCCUGAAGUAGACGUUUACAUUAAUUUACUCAUAUUGGUUCGUUUAAUUGAUACAAACAAGCUGGAAGAGGCUUCUAGAUGUUCUCAAGCAUUAAUGAAUAAAAUAACGAGUCAAAAUCGUCGUACCAUAGAUCAUCUAGCAGCUAAAUGCUAUUUUUAUCACUCAAGAGUAGCCGAAUUAACAAACAAGUUGGACUCCAUAAGAAGUUUCCUACAUGCGAGAUUACGAACUGCUACCUUAAGAAAUGAUUUUGAGGGUCAAGCUGUUCUAAUCAAUUGUCUUCUCAGAAACUACUUACAUUAUUCUCUCUAUGAUCAAGCUGAUAAAUUAGUUUCAAAAUGUGUUUUCCCUGAAACUGCUAGUAAUAAUGAGUGGGCUAGAUUUUUGUAUUAUUUAGGAAGAAUUAAAGCUGCUAGGUUAGAAUACAGUGUUGCUCACAAACAUUUAGUUCAAGCUUUGAGGAAGGCCCCACAAAACACUGCAGUAGGUUUUAGACAAACUGUCCAAAAACUGUUGGUGGUCGUAGAACUUCUUUUAGGAGAUAUUCCUGAAAGACAAGUAUUCAGACAAGCUCAAAUGCGUCAUUCUCUCAGUUCAUAUUUUCAACUUACCCAGGCAGUUCGUAUGGGCAAUUUACAGAGAUUCGGUGAAGUUUUGGAAAAUUUUGGACCACAAUUUAGACAAGAUCAUACAUACACUUUAAUUUUACGUUUACGCCAUAAUGUCAUCAAAACAGCUAUAAGAAGUAUUGGGUUGUCAUACUCUCGAAUUUCCCCUCAGGAUAUUGCCAAGAAAUUAGGACUGGAUUCAGCCGAGGAUGCGGAAUUUAUUGUAGCAAAAGCAAUCAGGGAUGGAGUUAUUGAGGCUACAUUGGAUCCACAAGGAGGAUACAUGAGAAGUAAAGAAAGCACAGAUAUUUACUGCACCAAAGAGCCACAGAUGGCUUUCCAUCAAAGAAUAUCUUUUUGUCUAGAUCUACACAAUCAGAGUGUUAAAGCUAUGAGAUAUCCCCCAAAGGCUUAUGGAAAGGAAUUAGAAAGUGCAGAAGAAAGAAGAGAGAGAGAACAGCAAGAUUUGGAACUUGCCAAGGAAAUGGCAGAGGAAGAUGACGAUGGCUUCCCUUAAAUUUUGUAAAACAUUGAAUUAUCUUAUUAACUCAACUUGUAUUUCACGAUAUAAUUGAUUGUAUCUAGUAUUUAAAUUGAAUAAUAAACAUUACUAUAAAAAGUG